CGGAUAAAAAAGAACACAGCGGCUGCCCGUGGUGCUGGAUAUAGCUCCCGCAACGGAGGAAUAAAUCUGGCACAGUUAGCCGAGAAGGGGUGAGGUGUGUUCUAGCGAGCUCCGAGCUGCUGUCAGCCAUUGUAACGAGGGCAUCGGUCAACGAUGGAAUUAAAAUGCAUUCUCUGCGCCUUAGCGUUCCUGAUUUUAGGAAUUGCUGGAGCUGCGAGCGGAGCUGAGGAAGCGUGCCGUACCUACGAAUCUAUCGACAUCAACAACUGUCUCCUCGACUUCGUCGUUGCACACCAACAUCACCGGUCUGCCCUGGUUGCGUCAAAAACAUGCAAAGUGGAGUUGGUCAACUGUUCAGUUCUUAGCGAGACCAACACAUGCAUCAACAAACAUCGUCCCUCGGACAAGUGUAUCGACUCUCUUGAAGAUAUGAUAAAUAAAUACAUAGCUAAUCUUCAAAUCAACUGCACCGUGCGACAUUUCAAUACCCACUGUCCAACGGCCACCAAAGUCUCCAAAGAAGCCAGUUCAGCCCUUACCCGUGAGCAGGAGCAGACUUGUGUGGCGUCGGAGAUUCAGAAUCUCAACAAAUGUCUUCUGGAGUUCGCCAUGGCGCAUGGCAGUAAGAAACCGGAACUGGAUGCAUCCAGGACGUGCAGGCUGGAUCUACUGAACUGCACGGUAUUCAGUCAGACCAACAAUUGUAUCAACAAUCACCAUUUAUCGCCCAAAUGCAUUGAUUCUCUUGAUGACAGAAUAAAUCGAUACAUAGGUGAUCUAAAUAUCAAGUGCACGGUGUCGCAGUUUAAAACGCACUGUCCACGUGCAACGAAGGUGUCAAAGGAGGCCAGUUCAGCACCAGGGUCUGGCACGUCGUCAAAAAUGAGUUUGCACGUGACUUCGCUCGCUGGCCUGGCGUGUUCAAUAAUGCUAUCAUUGCUAGUAUGAAACAACCAGAGUUAGCUCCCUUAUCCCUGGAUCCACGACGUCAGAAUACUGUGCUUACGGAAUACCGUCUUCCAUCACGGGUACAUGGCCCAUAAGUAUUUCAUCCUAGUAAUUGAGCUUUAUCAUUACACCGUAGCAUUUAUCUCAGCUUUAACGAAACAUGAACGAAUCGAGAAGAGAGCUCUUCCAUUCCAUUGAGAUCACUGACACUGGCAUUUAUAUAAUUCUACGAGGCAAUGCACAGUAACAAGAAAAGAUGCUAUGAAAAUGACUUAAUAAACUAUCUACGUUAUGAUACGUGUACGAUUUGUACGCACAAACCGGAUACAGAGGUUUCCAUCAGUUGUCAGAUGCCAGAAUCGAUCCUGCCCAAAUUGUCACAUUGUUAGGUUUUGGCCAAGUGUUAUUUUCCAGUUUCAAGUUGGAUAAGCUGUGUUUCUACCCCCCUCUCUCUUUCUCUGUACGUGACCCGCCAAAAAUAGUAUGAAUGCAUACUAGCAAUAAUUUAUUUAGUCUGGUUUGGUUAAAAGCCGAUGUUUGAAACUUUUGAAAUACAAAAUGUGAAUUUGGUUAAAAGUAAUGACCUUAUAAGCCAUAACAAAUUUAAGCUAAUAUAAGACAAUGACCAACAGCUAGUUAUACAUGUGUCGUAUGUCUGGAUUCAUGGCUUUGUGUAGAUAUAUAUUCUCCAGUGCAGAGUCCCAUGUCUACCUAUUAGAGAUUAGCGGGUAUAUUGGCCUUUAGUAAAUGCAAUAUAUCUGGAAUCAUAGCUACGACACAAGUACUUUUAGUAAGCUGUAUUUACAAGAGCUCCUUUCAUGUUGGGCAAUCAACGUUCUAAAAUCAAUGAUGAAAUCAUCGGCCCUGAACCUGUGUUUACGUUGUGUUUUGUGUUAACUUAUUGCAAUUACAUUCUCUGUACUUACUUCAAGGGCUUUGAUUUUAGUUAUUAGCCUACUUUAUUAGCCAAAGUUCGUGUCUAUGUCACGUAUUUCUAUUUGAUUUGUGCUAAAUGAAGUCCGAACUGCAGAUGGCAGACAAAACACUUCCUUUCAUCCUUAUAUUUUUGAUACUACUCGAAACAAGUUAGAGAACAAGCACAAGCCGGUGUGUCGCUAUCAAAUGAAGAGAUCAUGUGUUCUAUAACUUGUUUGAAGUGGUGUCUGUGUUCUUAGUCCUGUGUCUCGUUUUGGCUUAAUUAGUUAACUCCUACCGUUGUUCUGUUCAUAGGAUAACAUAUUUACAUCAAGCAUUGAUCUCGUAAGCAGUACAUGACAUACAAUUUUUACUGUCACUUUUUAUAUAUUUCGCAUUCACGAAGUCAUGAAAUGUUACGACGUCAUCUUCAUGAUCGUGAUUGCAAUUACCCCAUGUAAAUUAUCGUUCAUGCUGGUUUUAUAUGGUGACCCCUCGCUUUUUGUAUUUGUUCCGUAAAUGGCAAGACUAUCCAGAUCAUAUGAUAGAAUUGGUUUGGACCUAUUUUCUGAAUGGUGUUUCAAGCGAAUGUCUUUGACAGAAAUGGAGAAAUUCGAAGACCAGCGAUACAAUAUUACCCGUCAACACGAGAGAGUAACUAGUCUCGAUUAUCUCCAGCCAGGGAUUCCAAGUCAAAAGAGGGAUGGCAAUUUAAUGAAGGGAAUCACUGAAAGUCAGUCAUAACACCAGGUGUUCGUGAUGAUGAGCUUGCACUGCAUUCCUAAGAACAAGGAAUCGCUAAAACAAUACUUUAGUGUUGGUAAAUGCUUAGAUGUGUGUACUGGGUGCGCAAAGAAUACACAGUCCACGAGCAUCCUUGGUGCGAUAUCUUGUACACAAUGUAUUUGUCUGAUUUUCAACACAAUAAAUGAACGGUACGAAUUUUGUCCAGGUAAAACUAUGAGAGUGCUAUAUUCAAAAGAUAAGCCAUGUCUAUUUUAUGUAGCUUUUGGUGUUUGCUUUUUACGAUUAAAAUGUCAAUACAUAUUACUACAAUGUACAAAUUGUAGGUGACUAGUGGUUGUGCUUUGGCAGACAAAGGUCGGUGUCAAAUAUUGAAACGAGAAGGCGUGUUUGUGUAACACGCCCAGGUAUACCGGUUGUUGAUGUUUUACCUGUCUCUAGUUAGUUAUGUGUAUACUGCAUGGUUUCUAAUAAACGCCAGAAUACAACGGACACCCUUUUGGUAUUAAGAGACGUCUCUUUAGGUUGAAAAGAAACGCGACCAAAACAGUUUGUAAGAGAGGGUAUAACAUAGGACAUGCUUAGAAAAUCGGUAACAUCUCAGAAAUCUUAUUAUGAAUGACUCUCGUUUCCUGUGAUCCAAUAAAUCACGGGUCUAAUGUGUCGGUGAUGGCUCUUCCAGCCUCCAUGUCAUAAGUGGUCCCUAGCUUCAUGUCAUGACAUCAGAACCGGGUCUCCAAAACUCUAGGGAUAAGAGUGUCCGACAACAUACAUGUUGGGGCGUCUAUUAGGGGAAAUGCAGUAAUUUGUUUCUUAGAAUGAGCCUGUGUGAAUGUAAUGUCUUUUUUAUCUUUCAUCCUGCCGACGGAACAUUUACGUAUUUGUUUGUCGACCCUGUUUUAAUUACAGAAGACAAACCUUCUAAGAUGCAUUGAUGGUAAAUAUUGAAUGUAAGAAUCUUCGGAUUUCAGAUUGGGAUUACCGGAAGGCCUCGUUAUGUUAGUUAAAAUGACGUCAUGAUAGAUGUGACGAAGCUUUUAGUUUUCAUUUAUAGCAUUUGUUGAGACAGAAACAAUAAUUAUUAAAAUCGGUUAAGGGAUUAAGGUUACCUUUAUUUACUUUUGUAUUUGUACGCUUGACAGUCGAUAUUGACAUUAAUUUUGAUAUUUAAACUAUCUUAAUUCGGUCAGAAACACGUUUAUAGCUCGGAUGCCUCCUUAGUAUAUAUCUGAUUAAUAUUCUGCCAUCAACUCAAGUAAUUUCUACACAUUCCGUCGUGUAUGUCAAUUUUGUGCUGUGCAAAAGGUAACUGCAUACGUAUAUAGUUACAACAAGGCUUUUGUACAUAUCUACCACUGACAACUACAAUACGCUUAUUUGUGAGAUAUUAUGGGAAGUCUUUAGCUUGCUUAAAGUAUUAUGUCAGCCGAGCAGACAUUUACUUUGCCAGUAAAAUAUCUUUCAUGUCUUCUCGUAAUUUUAAUCUUCAUUGCAUUACAUGAAAUCAGAACGUCUUCAGCGCUGUCUUGGAUACAUAUUUUAGUGGUCAUUUUUAUUAUCUUACUUGUAUAAUACCCAUAUUAACCAAGAAUCUAAUACUUAUUUUCAAUAAAAUACACAAUACUCAGAACACGCGACAAAUAAUUAUGUUAUAGAGAAAGAAGAUAUUCAGUUGUAGUCCUUCAGUAAAGGUUUCGUUGAAAUAGGAAUGACUUUAUUAAUAAUGUCCGAACAUGUUCGUUUAUCUGACUUGCAACAGGAAUAUCGCCUACUGGGGAAUCAAAUAGAUACCAGCCUUAGGAUUCUUUCUGCUUCUCUGUUCAUUUUCCCAGAGUUCUAUGCUUACUGUUUUCGUAAUUUCAACAUUUUUAAUCCUUGUCCAUGUUAAGACGUAUGAAGCAUGAAAUGCUUGUUAUGUCUGUGUUAUUUGGACAGAAGGAUAAGCCUGAAGAUACAUGGCUACAAUCAGGCACCUCCAGUCCACAGGAGUUGUCACUCACCUAAACCUGUCUUCUUUUCUUCUGGUUUUGUACAGCUUGUUCGAGGUGACGGUGCUGGAUAAGUUUACUGCUAUAUAUUGUAGUUGUGCUAUUACAUGCUUUAACAUGACACCGAGUAAAGAAACUAAUAUUUUUUAUAAUGCGGUUUGUCAAUUUCAAGUGUGUUUCUUAAAAAGAACACCUCUGUGGUUUUAUCUUUGGCAUUUGUUUCAUACUGUAUAAACAUUUUGUAAGAGCACUGAACGUUAACCAUGUGAUAACUAAUUAUUUCUAACAAAAUCUAUUUUGUGCUGAUGUUGGCAUUGUUACAUAGCUCUGCGCAUCACAAUAAAAUGUGUACCUGUAA